AUGCCAACGUAUGGCAAAAUUAUAGUAAAAACAAAAAAGAUUAUUGGAAAAUCCUAUGGAAUUGCCCCACUUUGCUCGAACAGUUUUGUCGAACAAAAAUAUGGAUAUCACUACUCGUACGGUUUUGUACCUGAUAGUAGGCGGUCCAAUCCUUAUAGCAAUACAUGUGACUUUCUUUUGGGAAUUAGUCGUCGGUAUUAUCGAUUUGAUCAAUGUCGAGAUGAACCUCGACUACCGACUUCGUUGAUUAUGUCCGGUAGUGUUCCAAUCGGUUUCAGUUGUCCUGGUAUCAUUUUUAAGGUUAAUAGUUUUCGGAAUUUUUCGAAUUAUCUCUUGAAACAUAGUUGGACGUUUUUUUUCUUUCAUUCAGAUAGAUGUUUUAUGUGGCUGGAAUGUAAAAUGCCGCAAUAAGAUAGCUGUUCCAAUUACGUUAUUAACUAAUUUCUUGAUUCUUUGGGGGUGUUAUGGUACAGUUGUGUAAAUUAUAAUACCUGCAUUUUAUUAAUCGUCCUUUGUUUUAAUCUUUAGGGUAUCAUUUGGCGAAGAAAUUUAGAAAAGAAUGGCUCAAAAUAAAAAAAAUACGUUGCAAGGAAUGCACAGAUGAAAAAGCGUCAAAUGAAUCUGGCAUUCCUGUUGUAACACUCGCGUCUCGAAUAUCAAGAAACUCC